AUGGGCUGGUCAUCUUGUACAGUCAGAGGUGACUCCCUAGAGUCUCCAGAUUCGCACCUUAACUUUUUUACUUUUAAUAGAGAAAAAAGCCUACGUUGCUCAAGUCUUCAUCAAAGCUUUACGGCUUCUUCCCCAGACGUGUCUCCACAAAUGCUGCCACGCUGUAUGAACUAUCAACACCGAGGUUUACCAUCAGAUGUGUCGAUGAUGGAGGAGGACACUGUUAAAAUAGAAUAUGAUCGAGAUGAUGACAUGGAGCCUGUUCCAACUUCUCAAAUCCCUUUGUCGCCGGUAAAUGUGUCUACCCCGGAAAGGAAUACAUCUGUAUACGUAAAGUCUGCAAACUGGAAUGUUUCCAGUGAAUUUUCGAAAAACUAUAGUCCUAGACUGUUAAAGGAAAGUUAUCUUGUUUCUCCGACUCGUCGAAGUCUAAAGAAUUUAUCACCAGGAUUGCGAAGAAAAUCACUUUUACCUAAACCAAAAAUGUUUCAGCGUGUCGCGAAUGCACUUUACGAGGAAGCAUCGCCUUGGGAAAUUGAGGUGCGUGGUGAGUCAGAGUUUGCUAAAAUGACGUCGGGAAGUACGCGUGUUCCUAACUCGCAGAUGCCAUCUUCGCAUCUUUCGAAUCCCGUCCAUUCAUCAACUCUUCAUCUGAAGGGAAAACCUCAAGAAUGUCCGUCUAAUGCUCGAAAAGAAAAAGAUAUCUCAGUAACUCCUACUGUGCUUGCAGAACCGAGUAGUCCCGUAGCUCCAAUGGAAAAGUCUCAUGCUUUCUUUUCGCCUGCUGCACUGCAAACACCGAAAAAAAGGGCAAUAAAUGGUUCAAAUUCCCAAUCGCCAAAAAGUUUAUUUACUUCACCGCUCCACAAAGAGAAAGAAUUUGCUUUUCAUUCGAAAAAAAGGUCGCGUUGGAGUGAAGAAUUUGCGGAUUUAUCUAAGCGAAGAGCUGUUUCUCCUUCUUUGCUGUAUAAAUUUAAUGCGACAAAAUUUUCUCCUGUACACUCAGUAAAGGUUGGCUCCUUGCAAGUGAGAGACACUCAUGAAGUUCUUAGGAACUUGAAAUUAUAUUAG